GAUUAUAAACUAGUCAUGUUGCCAGCAACCCCUCUUCUUUUUUUCUUUCCUCAACCUCUCCUCUUUCAACGACAACAACAACAAAUUGACAACUAGUGGAUUGACAUCUGAUCUCAUAACUCGAAUUUUACUUCUGUUUCAAUCUCAAAGCAAUCAAGCAAACCGCCAAAAUGUCCUUAAUCGUCACCGUCAUGUACCCUAAGACCGAAACCUCGACUUUCGACAUGGAUUACUAUAUGAAGACACACAUGCCGCUCGUUCAGGAGAAAUGGGGUUCUCACGGACUGAAGAAUUGGACCGUUACAAAGUUGGAUGAGAGCGGAGGAUACUCUGUGCAAGCACUCCUAUGGUUCGAGAGCAAGGAGGCAUGGGCUAAGGCCGGAGCGGCGGAAGGACCAACUAUCAUGGGUGAUGUUCCCAAUUUUAGCUCUGAGCAGCCUUUGCUCGUUUUUGGAGGAGAGGUUGAGAGAGUUGUUUAAGGUCGUGGCUGCAGAAUUUGGGCUGCGAUUUCUGUGAAGUGCUUCGUGGUUAAAUGAUUUUAGCGUCGUACGAAAUUUAGUUGUAAAGGCAAUGCCAUUCUGAGAUAGUACGCAUGUUCUUAUAUCUGCAUCGGUAAAUCGAGUAUGCAAUGAGUCAAUGAUUUUAGUAUCUUAGUGAUUGGCUCUCCCAUUUCUUUAUAUCUCUUCUCAAGCGAAGAAAGAACAAAGAAGCUUUCCCAGUCUGCGAGUUUAGUCUUCAAAUUCCCAAGGGUUGUGUACAUGAGGAAAGCUCCUUUUGUAGGGUUAUAUGUUAUAUCUUUCUCUAGCUGGUCUAUAUGGGAUAGAAAACUGGAAAAACGUGCUUCGGGAUCUUUGGUGAAAGCAGGUGGUCCUUUGUACUUAUACAAUGCAAACCACAAUGAUCACUGGACCAUUUGUCUCUGCUAUAAAGUGAACUCUUUCAUCAAUCCCAUCCAUGGUUUCUCCCGCGCGCGAUCGGGGUCUUUUCUCAUCUUCCGCGAUUCUUCUGUUUGAAAAUAACAAUCUGUACAUCGUUUAUGGGUAAGCCA